CCGGUGUCACCCCAGCCCGGGAGAAGGCGCGGGCAGCGCUCGUCCGAGGCCCCGCCCCCCGCUCCCGUCUCCAGCGCUGACUGGCUGAGGGCGCUGCUGAUUUACAUGUGGCGCGGUGCAGGACGGGAAGGGCCGGGUUUGAAGCGCAGGGCGGCAGCGGGAGCGCCAUGGCCGCCCCUGGGCCGGGAGAGGCGGGGGCCGAAGAGGAGCAGUACCGGCGGCUCGUGACCAGCGCGAAAGCGGCGACAGGCGACGGGGACCUGGCGGAGGCGCUGCGGCUGUUCCAGUUGGCGGCUGCUAUCCGCCCCAGCGAGAAGCUGCGGGGCCGCAUGCAGCAGGUGGAGGAGGCGCUGGCUGCGGCCAAGCAGGAGCAGCAGCAGGAGGAGGAAGAGGAGGGCUUCGUGGACGUGUGCGGCAGCGGCCUGCUGAUCUAUGGGGAGAUGCACGGGAAGCUAUUCCAGCACCAGCGGGAAGGUGUUGCAUUCCUSUACCGCCUGCACCGGGAGGGCAAGCCUGGUGGCAUCCUGGCAGAUGACAUGGGCCUGGGCAAGACCAUCCAGGUAAUCGCCUUCCUCUCGGGUAUGUUCGAUGCUGAGCUCAUCCAACACGUCCUGCUCAUCAUGCCCACCACCUUGGUCAGCAGCUGGCUGGUUGAGUUCGCACAAUGGACCCCCGGCCUACGUGUCAAGGAGUUCCAUGGCAGCAGCAAGACAGAGCGCACCAGGAACCUAGAGAGGGUCCAGAGGAAGAACGGCAUCAUCAUCACGAGCUACCAGAUGCUCAUUAACAACUGGAAGCAGCUGGCCAGCCGCCACGAGCAGGAGUUUGUCUGGGACUAUGUCAUUCUUGACGAGGCACACAAGAUCAAGUGUCCAUCAAACAAGACGACCAGAUGUGUGUAUGCAAUCCCGGCCCAGCACCGUAUCCUGCUCACGGGCACCCCUGUGCAGAACAACCUGCGGGAAAUGUGGUCCUUGUUUGACUUUGCCUGCCAAGGCUCCCUCCUGGGAACUGCCAAAACUUUUAAAAUGGAAUAUGAGAAUCCUAUAACUAGGGCGAGGGAGAAGGAUGCAACUCCAGGUGAGAAAGCACUGGGACUAAAGAUAUCGGAGAAUCUCAUGGCCAUUAUAAGGCCUUAUUUCCUCAGAAGGACCAAGGAAGACAUCAAAAACUAUCAUGCUGAUAAAGGGGAUACUCUUCCUGAGGAUCCGAGUGAGAACAAGGCUCCUGUCAUGCCACAUCUCACUAGGAAAAAUGACUUCGUUGUGUGGGUGUACCUGGCACCGGUGCAGGAAGAAAUCUACAGGAACUUUCUUUGCCUGGAUCAUGUGAAGGAAGUGCUGAUGACGACCCGAUCACCUUUGGCUGAGCUGACAGUCCUGAAGAAGCUCUGUGACCACCCCAGGCUUCUGUCUGCGAGAGCCUGUAUCCAGCUUGGCUUGGAAGAGCAGGAGUGCUCUGAGCUGGAUUACAGGAGUGAACCAGGUAUGCUUUCAGGCAUGAAUAAAAUAGAUCAUCUCUCUGAUGAGACUAUGAUCCAGGAGUCUGGGAAGAUGCAGUUCCUUGUGGGACUGCUGGAACGGCUGAGAGAAGAGGGACACCGAACGCUGGUGUUCUCACAGUCGAGGAAGAUGCUGGAUAUCAUAGAGCUCGUCCUGUCUCGCAGACAAUUCCAGAUUUUACGCAUCGAUGGCACGGUGACCCACCUGACGGAGCGGGAGAGGCGCAUCAAUGCCUUCCAGAGCAAUGCAGACUACUCUGUCUUCCUGCUCACCACGCAGGUUGGGGGAGUUGGCAUAACCUUGACAGCAGCCAGCCGAGUGGUGAUCUUUGAUCCCAGCUGGAAUCCAGCAACAGAUGCUCAGGCUGUGGACAGGGCUUACAGGAUUGGRCAAAAAGAGAAUGUAGUGAUUUACAGGCUGAUCACCUGUGGCACUGUGGAAGAGAAGAUAUACAGGCGGCAGGUGUUCAAGGACUCGUUAAUUAGACAGACCACCGGUGACAAAAAGAACCCGUUCCGUUACUUCUCCAAACAGGAACUAAGGGAACUCUUCACACUGGAAGAUACUCGGACAUCUGCAACUCAGAUCCAGCUGCAGUCCCUGCACGCCAUGCAAAGGAAGUCUGACCUGCAGCUGGAUGAACACCUUGCUUACCUGCAUUCUCUGCCAAUGUUUGGCAUUUCUGACCACGACCUGAUCUACACGAGGGAGAUGGCGCACGAGGAGCAGGUGGAGAGUGAGGAAGCCCAUCACUAUAUCCAACAGAGGGUACAGAAAGCCCACGAGCUAGUCCAGCUGGAGUCCCAGCUCAGAGAUCAGAGGAUGGAAGGAAUCAGAAAUGCUUGUGAAGAAAAGUGGCAAAGACCAUUGGGAUUGGUUUCUGGGCCAAAGAAAUUGUCUCCGGAGUUGGACAAGAAAAAUCACUUUGUUUCCCCACCAGUAGCUGAUACACACGAAAAAGACAAAGUUAUUGAUCUUACAGAGGAUGAAGAGGCCCAGGUACUCGAUGUCAGCUCCAAAAUGACAACUCUGACUAUUGAUGACUUGAAUGAAGAGAAAGUAGCACAAGAUGUGUCCAGUAGGGAGACAGAAGUGCUUGAUACCAGCAAGACAGCAGAGCAAUCUGAUAUACAAGAAUCUGAGCAAAAUCCUGAAUCCAGCAUUAUACCAUCAUCCCCUGCACUUGAGAAAGAGAGUCAGAGCCUCCAAGAGAAACARCAUUCCCAUGUACAUUCAGACAGCUCAGCCGAAGCAAGUAAUAAGUUGUCUGGGCACUGUCAACAUUCCUCUGAGUCUGGCAUGGCUGACAAUGCUAAAAGGGACACAGAAUUGUCAAUUCAGGUACUUGACCCACACACAGCCCUGGGGACAGAGCAGAAUCACGCUCUUGAACCUCCUUCUGCUUCUGCAGUGCUGAGUUUAUCAAAUGUUACACCAGAAAUCCACGUUGAGCUCUUCAAGCCUCAUUUGUUGGAAGACAGCUUGGAGGGUACAUUUACUCCUUCUCUCCAGGAUCAAGUUGACUUCAAUCUAGUCUUGGAAGAGUCUGAAGAGGGAUGGCAGGAUACCUCAAAUAGAGAAGGAUCAGAGGAACGCCCUGAGAAGGAGAGCUUACAACUCCAGGCAGCAAGCUUGUGUAAAUCUCCAAACAAGCAAUCUCCAAACAAGCAUUGGCCAAGUGAAACCAGUAGCCAUGGCAAACCCUGUCCCACAGCUGAAGAAGAGCCAAAUGCCUCAACGCAAGGGAGUGAAGCAUUGGAGGAAAGUAGUGGUGUCUUUACUUCUGGUAGAAAAAAAUGCUUAAACAGAAUUGCUUCAGAUAGUGAGAGUGAAGAGCAGCCUGAACAAGUGCCCUCCUCUCCCUUGGACAGCCCUCGGCACCGACUGCCAGAAGGAAUUAGUGCUUCCACCCCUAAAUAUAAUGGAAGGAGCGCUAAAGUCAUCUUUUCUCCCCAGCUAAAUGAYAGUGGUAACAGAUCUAACGCUUCCAGGCGCUCAUUCAUCAGCAGGUUGGUAGAUGAGGUGGAAGAUAUUGGAGAAAUCAUGGGAACCACUGAUGAAGAAGAUGAUGACAAUGAUGAGGUGCAAGACAAGCUUGUGGAAGAAGAAGCCGAGGAGUGCACUGGGGAAUCUGCGGAGCCUGACGAAGAACCUGCUGGAGAAACACUUGAUACAGGUGAAGAGUCCUCCUACACAGACAGUAUGGAAUCUGAGCAGUCUGAGGCACAGGAGACRGAGUCAUCUCAGGAAGAAUCCACGGGUGACACUGAGCUCCAGUCGGGCGAACAGGUCGACUGCUUCACCCAGGAAAGCAGCUCUGGAAAGGGCAUUGGGCAGAGUUCCUCUCCUGCAGCAGGAGAUUAUGACACCUUGGUACACAAUGGCAAGAAACUUCGGAAUGACGGAAAACUCCAGGAGGCGUUGGACUGCUUCCUGCAAGCUCUUGACAUAAAAAGUGGAGAUCCUGAAGUUAUGCUUCUGACUCUGAACUUGUACAGACAGCUGGCCCAGAAGUGACAUGUGUGUGACUCUGUGAACGGAGUCUGGCUGUUCCUUGUUAACGUGUGUCUGCACCACUGCCCUGAGAUCCCUAAGCCAGCUCCAGGUCAGUCCCUACCGUACACUCGUGUGACUGAGCAAAUUCAGCACUUCCUUCUUGAGAAAACAGUCCAAAUGUCCAGGUGUUGGUGACAUGCUGGGGAGGGAACUUCACUGUGGAGUGAGCUCACCAAGGUGAAAAUGGUUCAUGUUCCUGUCUGGUUAUUUAAUAAAAAAAAAGGUGGUGUUGAUGUCUAAACCGCUGUCCAUGCUGGCAGCCCUGGCUCCACCUUACUAUCUUCCAGGUUCUGUCACUCCUCUCCCCUGAGAAGAUGGGGACAGUGCAGUUCCAUGGCCACAGUAAAGCCCAGACUUGGGCUGCUGUGGUUCCUCCCUCCUUCUGGGCUUUAAGCCAGUUUGGGUGCCUGAAGGUCACCCACCAUAUGAGUGAGCUGAAUGCUGGUGCAAAGGAGACAACAGCUCCCGCAACCUGGUUCUAAGGUGGUUUGAGGAGGGAUUGGCUGUGGAGGAGCUACAAUUUAGUUUGCUGCUCUAAUUUCUCCAAGCAGUGGAGGAAGCAGAGCAAUGGAGACCAGCACAGCAUCCACCUGGCACCAGGUAGUGCAGAAGUCCUACUGAGCCCCUGCCAGGUGUGUGAGUGCAUGGAGGGCUGGGGAGAUGAAACACAAUUAGACCUUGACCACAGCAAGGUGCUGAAAGCCUGAAACUCUGCAGUGCUGCUGGAGGAGCUAAGGACUUCAAAGGAUGCUCUAGGUUUCCCUUCUUUGUUCCCCUCCCACUCCCCACUCCCCUUUCCCUCUCUCUGUAUAGUGAAACCUGUUCUUGCCCAAGUUUGAGGACAUGGGGGUAUAUACUGGGUAUAAUU